UUUUUUAUUACUGGUUGAUUUUUGCACUGUGCCAUGCUUGCUCAGUCGGCCGUUGUCCGCACCAUUGCCUCGUCGCUCGGCCGCCACUCGCAGUCCCGCGUCGCUGCCCUGUCCACCCACGCUGCUGCGCUGGCCGCGUCUCCGGCGUCGCCUUCACCAUCAUCGUCUGCGUCCGGUGCUCACAAGCGCCACCAGAUCGCCCUCGAGCAACUCAAGCGGGAGCAGCAGGCAGUCCAAAACCUGCGACGCGAGCAGGCUCGUGGCCCGAACAUUCGCAUGGCCCUCGGACUGCUGCUGUUUGUCGUUGGAGCAUACGCAUACACGCUGUCCUCUGUUCGCCAAGAAGACUUUACCGGCGUCGAUGCCUCGAGCGCGUCCGGUCGACCUGUCAAUGCGCCGCCCACUUCCGCGUCACCCACUGCUUCGCGAUGAUAAACGAGGAUGAUGCAGCCAUGGUGUGUGUGUGCGUCCAAAUCAUGCUAAGUGUAACAGUUUCAUGUCCAUCCGUUCUCUUUUGAUCCAAAAACAGGUGAAUUUCCAAG